AUGAGUGCUGAGUCACUCAAUCCGCAACUGAUUGACGAGAAAAUUCGACGAAUUAGAGAAUCCGUGAAGAACUGGGAAGACAAAUACGUGAAGCGAUUGUCCGAGCUAGAGUCAGCCAUGCUAAAAUUCGCAGAGCGCUGUCAAAUCGACAAAUCGGAACUGAAUGACCAGAUCAGUCGCGUGGAAGAAAUGUCCGAUACAAAUGUGGCCAUAAGACAGCGAAUUGAGAAGAAGCUUAUCGUGCACGGUCCUACAUUGAAUUCUGAGAGCAAUCAGAGAGUGCUUACAUUGACUCUGAAUCUUGUUCGUGGAAUUCUCUAUUACACAGCCCAAAUACGUGACGCAUUGUGGUAUCCACGAACACCUACCAAGCCAAAAGCUGGCCUUGCAGCGACUUCUGCAUCUGAAGAAGCACUCGCAGAUGAUGGCGAGCAAAAUGAUGAUGUCAAGUAUAAAGUUUCUAGUUGA